GAACUCGGUCGAGCCAAGCGCCGCAAAAUCAUAUACGGAGUACACAGAACCCCGGUGAAAAAGAGGGGACAGUGCCUCCAGAACCCUAGCAAUGGCCCGGGAGGCAGGAGGGUCCCCUAGAGAAUGGCUUGCCGUAGACGAGACGGCGGCGGCAUUCCUCUCCCGCUCCCUCGCCGCGCGGCCCCCCAUCCUCCUCCCGCCGCCACUCCACCGCGCGCCACUCCGCCCGGGCAAUGUUGUUGAGAUUGCUGGUCCGUCCAACUCCGGCAAGUCCCAGCUGCUCCUCAUGGCUGCAGUUCAGUGCAUACUACCAAAGGAGUGGGCGGGUGUCUAUUUUGGGGGCCUGGGUAAAGAAGUCAUGUACAUUGACCUGGACUGCCGAUUUGAUGUGCUACGACUGGCUCAAAUUCUGAGGAACCGCAUUGCAGAGGGUUGCGGUUCAGCACAUCCAAUAAAUGAACAAUUUGUAAAGGAUGGCACCGAAGAUAUACUGUUUACUGAUUGCAUGAAGCGAUUCUUCUAUGUCCGUUGUUACAGUAGUUCUGAACUUAUAGUUGUUCUGAAGACUGUAUAUUCUCAAUCCAAAGCAAGGAGAGCUCUUGGUGUUGGUAUUUAUUUCCUGAUGCUAGACAGCAUUGGUGCGUUUUAUUGGAUAGACCGUUGUUCUCAACCUACCAGAGACAGUAAAGGGAAAACUCAGUCACUUCAGAGUAUCACUGAGAGUGUUGUCCAAGAAAUACGGAAGUUUUUACAACUCCAACCUAUUUUAGUGUUGGUGAGUAAGGCACAUAUUUAUGGUGAAGGAAUCACAACAUCAAAUGACUUUCAAAGGGGUACUUCCAAAUUCCUGACAGAGGAUUCAACAGUUUUGAGAUAUUCAAAACGGGAAGAAGAAAUUAACACCUCAUGCCGUGAAUACAUGCCAUCAGUAUGGCAGACAUUUGUUACGCACAGGAUAAAGUUACAAGAUUUAGUACAGGAAUCAGGAAUUUCCUCUGAGCAGGAAAGCGAGGUGCUUUCUAUACAUACUUCUGAGUGGGUUCGGCCUUCCCUCAACAUAAAGGAGAAGUUCUAUAUUAGGGAUAGUGGUGUUGUCGUUAUACAGUGAAGCCUAUUGGUUUCUUUGCUGGUGAAUAUCAGGACUUGUCCAACUUCCUGUCAAUGCUGUUUUUGACUUGUGAUGUGUGAAAAAAAGGUCUGAGCAGAGAUGCUGAGGUAAUAUCUCUAUCUUACUCCUCUGGUAUCGCAUGGAUACCCUAAGCCUAAGGUGAGCGCUGAGUAGACAUGCCUGCUUUUAUAUAGUAAAAUAUUUUAAAGUUUUCUCAAUCCAACCAACUAGCAAAGAAUUCAGAAGUUCUGGCAAAUAAUUCACAAGUUCCGGCAUGGAAGUCAAUAAACGUAUCAGACAAAGAUGAGAAAUGAUGUACUGCAUGGUUUCCUACUUCCUUUUAUUGGCUCUUUGUGGGGUUUUCUUACUGUUUGACAUGAUUUUUUUCUAGUUAUGUUUCUGUAUUAUUGUAUUGUGGAGAUUUUGACGAUUGCAGUAAGAUAACAGAUUAUGUUUCUUGUAUUUAUCGAAGUUGUUCUUUCUCUAAUAGAGAGAAGGGGAGUCAAUACUGUUUGGUUAUUCAUAUUGCAGAACUUUUAGGUUCAGUAUGCAACUGGCUAUAGUUCUUUUGGUUGUAUCAUCUUCAAAUACACUCGAUCAGUUAAUCUGACGGAAUGAACAUGUCCAUGUCAGUUUUGAAGCUUCCGAAAGGCUUGCAGGGGCAUAGAAGUGUUGCGUGUGCACGUGCUGUUUUCUGCACUGAUACAAUUAUUUAGAAAUGAAUAAGUAGGCUGAUUAAUUUUCUCUGAAUAAUGCACGAUCACUAUAAUUUAAUUUAAUCAUACCUCGUUGUCAGAAACUACUACUAAUGUCCAACCAUAAACUGACAAAACAUCAUUAGCAUAUUAACAUAAGAGUGUAACAUUUGUAAAUCAUAAACACUCAGAUUGAUCAGGCAACCUUGUGUCUCGUCUUGUGAUGUUUGGCACUACAUAGUGGGACCUGGAAUUAUAGUUUACGUUGCUCCUCGGAAAAGCAGGCCUGACUUGUUUAUAUCGUCUGGAUAAUGGCUGUUUUGCACUGAUAUGAUGCGUGUAUACUUCAAGUGCAUGUUUGAAUCAAUGUGCAUGACAUUUUCGUUUGUGAAUGGUCAUUAGGAAGUAUACCGGUUAUUUAACCAAAGACUAGAGAGGUCAGAUGGAGAUUGGAGAACUACAAGGCGAUAUGCUGCAGAUGCACUAGAAAUUUGUCAGGUACCAUUACCUAUUUACCUUUCUAGUCAUGUGGCAGCCUGAUGCUGCGUCCUUCAUUCCUUAUAAUUUUGUAGAUCUGUAGGUCCUGACUCGUCACAUGCCAGAAACCAAGGUUUUUGUUAUUCCGACCGAACAUAACAAGGCCUAAAAUUAACUUGUUGAUUUAUUCUUGGCCAGCUGACUGUUUGUUGCUGUGUACCAUUCACCAUUGUGUUAGGAUAUGAAUAUGUAUGUUCUAGUGUGUUUGUUUUGUUAUCAGCCCGUUAUAUUAUUUCAUCAAGUCGUCAAGCACUAUGAGAAACUUUGUAGUUGAGACAUCUCAUUUGAUGCUGUGAUUUUUUGCAUGUUUCCUAUAUAGAAAUCUGUUCUUGUUC